AAAAAUUGUGAGCUUCUGGAACAGCAGUCGUCCCCAUUUAGGAGACUGGAGUCUUUGAUUGUGGCAACCGACAGGCUACCGUACAGAGUUGUCAGUUACCUUUUUAAAGGAUCUUCUUGUGAAGAACCAGAUAUUUUGAUCGAUCUUGAUGCGUGACUUCGAGUAGAACUAGCUUCGGAAUGCUAAGUGGGAGAAAAACAUAUUAAAAUACUCGGCAGAACGCCUUCCUUGUUUAGCUAAGCCUACCGGCUUCUUGUAAAUGUUGUUGAAUGUUUACUCGCUAGUGGCUUUCUGUUUAAUGAAUCCGAGUUACUGUGGUUGGUAUGAAAUGUGCAGGUUAUUACUCGCUAGUAGGAAGCAGCUUUCUGUUUAAUGAAUCGAGCUUGUUCCCUCGCUGGUGGGUUAAUGUUUGAUGAUUCACGCUUGCUGCAUUGCUGGAUGAGGUUUCUUUUCACUUUCUUUCAGAUGAGUUCUUUGGUGCUGAUUCAUUUACGACACAUGAUUGAUUGACAGAUAAGCUGAUCUGUCCAAUAGUUCGGAUACCUUAAGUUCUAUUUCGAGUUAAGUUGUGAAUACUCAAUACCCUGCUGCAAUCCGCAAUGUGGCCAGUUUUAAUGGAUUCAACGUUUUCAUUCUGUCAUCCUGGAAUCAGUGUGCUUUCAGACUGGCUUCUCCUGUUCUGCUACCCACCUUUUUGAGGGGGUGGAGUGCACUCAAGCAGAAUAUAAUAGGAAUGCACGCACGGUGCCAUAAGGCAUAAGCCCUAUAGGGCUUUAUAUUUUCUGGUGGUCACGGCCCAUUGACUGUAGAAACUUAUGGGCUUUAGUAUUUCCGGAUAUUCUCGGCCCAUUGCCUAGUGUCGAGCCCACAGACCACCAAGUCCUACAAAAGUCAGGAAAAUGACUGCAGCCGCAAGAAUCUCUAGUCGCUAUGAGCAACAGCGGCAGGUACACGUUAGGGAAAUCUGGACGGAGGCGCCACAAGGAAGAAGAAGAUAUUAGUGCUGCUGCUGACAUGUUAACCUCUCUUCCAGAACCCAUUCUGUCUCACAUCCUCUCUUUCCUCGACACCAAAUCCGCAGCUCAAACCUCCGUACUCUCCCGAGCGUGGAAUUCCAUCUGGAAAUAUGCCCCUGCCGUUGAUCUUUGUCGAGGUUCUUCACAACGAGCUUCGGCCUUCAAAGAAUUUGUGCACGAGGUUUUGUCCUCCCGCAGCCACGUUAAUGUCCGCAAGGUUACCUACGUCGAUAAGAUCGCACGGUGGUCGGAUGAAACAGAUAAGAGCGUGUUCAUGGAGGUGAUCCAAUAUGCUCUGUCUCAUGAUGUUCAGCAGUUGGUCGUUGACGCGGGGAGCGACUCAACAGAUUUCAGAGACUUCUACAGGUUCCCCGGUAUGUUCGGCUCAAUCUCGAAUAGCAAUCUGAAAAGUCUAGAACUGAACUAUCUAGUAUUCGACACUGCAUUCGUAUCUUCUGGUUUCAAGAUGCUGACAUCGCUGUGCCUGGCCGAUUGCGCGCUGGCUGGUGAAAAGGGGGAGGACCUCGAUCCUUUCUCUAGGUUUCCUUGUUUGACGAACUUGGUCCUGCGUGCUGUCGAGCCUGUUGGGGGAGCGGUAAGGGUGUGUGGAUCCCAAUUGCUUCGCCUGGAACUCGACGAGAUGAAGUCAUUUGAGAUUGAAGUAUUUGCACCGAAACUCAAAUUCUUCCGUCUUCGUCAGCGUGCUAGCCCACAGGAACUCUUGAGCUUAACCGUUCCCUCGCUGGAUCAUGCUGAGGUUGCUCUGACCGGCCUAUCGUUGAGCGACAUUGAGAGCAACUUUACGACGUGGGAAGAAUGGAUGCGGCAAAAUUUCCACUUCCUGUUCCGAGGCUUGCAUAAUACAAAAUCUUUGAAGCUAGAUGCCAAUGUCAUUGAGGUAUUGAGGAGGAUCUGUGUGUUUCUUGGACGGCAGCUAUCCCCAUUUAGGAGACUGGAGUCCUUGAUUGUGCCAACAGACAGCCUACCGUACGAGCUUUUCCAUUACCUUUUCAAAGGAUCUUCUUGUGAAGAACCAUACAUUCUCCUCGAUCUUUGAUAUGUGAGUUUAAGUAGAAGUUGUUUCUGAAUACUCGGUGGGAGAAGAAAAAACAGAGUAUCUUUCUAUGUCUAUAGUUAUUUUCUUGUCAACUGCCUUCUUAAAUUAUGGCUAUGCAUAGUAUUGAAUCUAGUUUGUGCUUUGGUUCCAAUCUACU